CGCCGUAUCCUGCGUGCGUUUGCAAUGGCAUCAAUCAUGGACUACCUGCCCUAUGCGGUGGCUGUGGUCGCCCUCGUGGGCGGCUACCUCGCAUACGCCAGCGCCAGCAGCUCACCCCGCAAAGUGCUCAAGCCCACCGAGUUCCAGGAGUUUGAGUUAGAGCACAAAGAAGUUCUCUCGCACAACACAGCCAUCUACCGCUUCAAACUGCCUCGCCCAACCGACAUCCUCGGUCUCCCCAUCGGCCAGCACAUUUCGCUCGCUGCGACUAUCCCCGGCCAGCCCAAGGAAGUCGUCCGCUCCUACACACCCAUUACCUCAGACGAAGACAAGGGCCAUGUCGACCUGCUCAUCAAGUCGUACCCUACGGGCAACAUCUCCAAGUAUGUUGCGAACCUCAAGAUUGGCGACAAGAUGAAGGUCAGGGGGCCCAAGGGCGCCAUGGUAUACACUCCCAACAUGGUUAGACACUUUGGUAUGAUUGCCGGCGGUACCGGAAUCACUCCCAUGCUGCAGGUCGCCAAAGCUAUUAUGCGCGGACGGCCGACGGGCGACAGGACCGAGGUUGAUCUCAUCUUUGCCAACGUGAACCCCGAGGAUAUUCUGCUCAAGGACGAACUCGAUGCGCUAGCGGCCAAGGACCCCAAGUUCAGGGUGCACUACGUACUCAACAACCCACCCGAGAAGUGGUCUGGUGGUGUCGGCUUCGUCACUGCCGACAUGAUCAAGGAGAAGCUUCCUGCGCCCGCCAAGGACGUCAGGAUUCUCAUCUGUGGACCACCGCCCAUGGUUGCUGCCAUGAAGAAGGCUACCGAGAGCCUGGGUUUCGACAAGGCCAGGCCUGUUAGCAAGCUUGAGGACCAGGUCUUCUGCUUCUAAGCAAUCAAAAUCCCGCGAUGGGUAAAAGGAAACGGUAAUGGGGUGGUGUCUUUCGAAAAAUGUUGAUUAGAAUCUGCGUCUUGAGCGAAUUGAUUACAUAGUACGAAUGAGCAACUUCCUAUGAUGUUU